AUGAGGUCUGAACACAAAGCUCCUGUAAUAGGGGAGUCCCUCUACCUGUGGGCAGGGAACCAGGUUGACUUACCUGCAGUUCAUGACUCCCUUCAAAAGAGGGAAGUGACCUCAACAGUUGAUGUCUACCGGCUUUCUACUGGUGACUGGUCCUCUCACCUAACAAGAGGUACUCCUCCAUUAGGAGUAAUUGCCUACUCCUGUACCACCUCUCAUUCUAAUAUUUACUAUUUUGGUGGAUGGUGUGGUCAUGAUCUUUGUUACUACAAUACUUUGAAUGUACUGAAUACGAUAAAGAUGCGGUGGACUUCAUGCAGUAAUGCUGAACAGUCAAUGAAGAAAGGCACUGCUGGAAUGAUAUCACUGGAAUUUGAUGGAGCAGAAUACCUUGUCAUAAUAGGAGGGUAUGGUUCUACACCAACUGUUUACCAACCUCAGUUUCAAUAUGAUCAGCUUAAGACUGGUCAUGUUCGUACUAAUGAACAGUUACUUUAUAAUGUGUCCACUGGACUUUUCACUGUUCCAUCUGUCAGUGGACAGUGUUGUCCACCAACUAAUGAUUUUAUAAUUGAGAAGAUUACUAUUACCGGUAACAGAGGAGUAAUGUUUGGGGGUAAAGUGACUGUUAAUGGUGAUGGGACUACAAGUACUAACAGUGUUUACAUAUUCAGUGUGACACAUAGUAUAAUAAACUGGGAGAUACUGAAACCAGGAGCAAUACCUAAUGAGGGACUGUGGCCUGUGGAGAGAGACUCUCAUGCUAGUGCUAUCAUCAAUGGUGACUCUACCUCACCUACACUAGUAGUGAUUGGUGGACGGGAUAAUAAUAAUCAACUAGUUAAUGAAUGUUUGUUAUUUGAUAGUAUCACUACUGGUCAGUACAGCUGUAGGAAGAUCCCUUUACCUGAAUCUAUUACUGGUAGAUACAAACACUCACUCACAGCAGUCACAAUGUCACCACACUGUGCGUGGCUAGUAAUUGUUGGAGGAUAUGAAGAGUUUAGUAUGAAAGAUGUUGGAGAAGGAAAGAAGGUGCCAUGGGGUAUUUAUAUCACUGAUAUUAAAAAACUAAUAAUGAUAAUUGAAUUUGUAUAUAGUGAAGCUGGUGAGUGGAUAGUACAGUCAGUACUUAGAUGGUAAUUAUCUCACUAGUAAGAACUAUCAAGGAAAAUAUCAAUCGUACAGCAAGACCAGAACAUGGUGGAUGGAUCAGCUAAUAGAAAAUCCCACAGAGAAGGAAAUGAAGCUUCAGAGAUGUAUACAAUCUUUACAUCAAGACCUACAAGUGGCUCAUCAGAGCAAAGUAUCACUACAAAAGGCACUGGUUGAGGCCAAUAAACAAGAUUAUGAGAAGCUCAAAGCUAAAGUUGCCGAUAAUGAAGUAUAUAUAACUGAAAUA